AUGGAUAAAAUUUCACAAUACGAAAGCUUAAUUGCCCAAUUAGAAAAAGAAGUUAAAGAAAUUGAAGCAAGACAACUUUUAAAAGAAAAUGAAAUUCGUUCAUUAGUUGAUUUAGCAAUUUCAUCAAAAAGUCCCAAUGCCCAAAUUAACAGAGAUCAAAUUGAUAAACUUUUUAGAGAAUCGAUUUCAGAUUUAAAAUUAAAAGCAGAAAAAAUUCAAAAAUUAGAAGAAUAUAAACAAGAAAUUAUUACAAGUUUAUUGGUUGAACCAAAAUCACCAAAUGAUGUAAGCAUUAUCAGUGUUUGGGAACAAUUAAAAGUAUCCUCAUUUAGAAAAGUUGAUAAUACAAACACAGAUUCAAACUAUACCUAUAGCAGUGUUAUUUUGAAUGAAUCAGAAAAUGAAAAUUCAUCCCCUGUUCAAACCAAAGCCAAUAAUGAAGAGGAAGAGAUUAUUAGAUGGGAAAUUGAUAGAAAUGAAAUUUCAUAUAAUCGUGAAGCUAAAUUAGGUAGUGGUGCAUUUGGUUCAGUUUAUAAGGGUAUUGUUAGAGGUAAAGAAGUUGCAAUUAAAAAGUUAACCCAAACUGUUUUCGAAGAAAAUACAAUGAAUGAAUUUAGAAAAGAAGUUAGUUUGAUGGCCAAACUCCGUAAUCCACAUCUCUUAUUAUUUAUGGGUGCUUGUACCACCCCAGAUGAUCUAUCUAUUGUUACAGAACUAAUGCCAAAAGGCUCAGUUCAUUCACUUUUACGUGCCAAAGAAGAUUCUCCAGAUUUCAUUACUUUCAAACGUGCAAUUUUAAUUGCUCGUGAUACCGCUCUUGGUAUGACCUGGCUCCAUGCCUCCAACAUUCUCCAUCUCGAUUUAAAACCAGCCAAUCUUUUAGUUGAUCAAAACUGGGUCGUUAAAGUUGCAGAUUUUGGUUUAAGCAAAUAUAUGAAAAAAGGUGCAACUCAAAGUGGUCAAGCAGGUUCACCACUAUAUAUGGCCCCAGAAAUGUUAUUAAAUCAACCCUAUGACGAAAAAGUUGAUGUUUUUUCAUUUGUUAUUCUUCUUUGGGAACUUUUAACAAAACAAGAACCAUACAACAAAUUAUAUAGUAGCUACCCACAAUUAGUUGAAGGUGUUGUUAAUAAAAAGAAUAGACCAAUCAUACCAGAUUAUUUCCCAUCACGUUUAAAGGAUCUCUUAAAUAGAUGUUGGGAUCAUCAUCCAGCCCGUCGUCCAUCAUUUGCUGAAAUUACAAAAUCAAAAUUUUUAGAAUCAAUUUUAAUCGAUGGUUUAAUUCUUGACCCAAGUGGCCGUCAAUUUUGGGCUCAAUAUUAUUUAGGUAAAGAAGAAGCAUCAUGGAACUCAUUCAUUAUUAAUUUCUCAUUAUUCUGUGGUUACGAAUCUCAUUUACACUCAGACGAUAUUAAACUUAAAUUCCUCAAAUUACUUUUAGUUCCAAGCGAUAGCGAUGUUGUUACAAUUGAUAUGUUUGGUAAAAUUUUAACUUGGUGUGGUCCACUUACAAAUGGUAAAGAUUUCUUUGAAAAGGUCUAUUCAAUUUGUUCCAUCAAAGGUUUCCUUGGUCAAACUUCAUCAAAGAAUGCAAAUACUUAUUUAGCAGGUAAAAAACCAGGUACAUAUAUCCUUCGUUUCAGUAGCGAUCCAGGCUCAUAUGCUAUCUCCUAUUUAAAUAAAAACAAAGAAAUCGUCCAUGCUCGUGUCAUUUACAAACCAGGUUCAGGUUAUAUUCAUCAUGGUGGUCAAACUCACUAUUCAACUUUGGAUGAUCUUAUCAAAAAUACAUUUAAAUCAUUAGGUAUUAAAGAACCAUUUGAAGGUGGUCCAUUCCAUGCUUUAUCGGUUGCUGCUAGUAAAGGUCCAAAUUUUAAUGUUGUAGGUUCAUAUAUUGCUGUUUCAAAUGGUAAAAAAAUUUAA